CGCCCCCACAGACAGCAUGUUCCUCCUGCUGUAGCACCGUGAAGCUUUACACCUCGGAAUAUUUUGCAUAUCAAUCUUUUCCUUUUAUUUGAGAAUGGCCUCUUCAUCUGUUGGAGAUAAUCAACUGCAGAGGAUAAUCAGGGAUCUCCAAGAAGCUGUGGUGGAGCUGAGUAAAGAGCACAGAGAGUGCCGUGAGCCGAUAACUGACGAUAGCCCAAAUCUGCACAAGUUUUUCUAUAAACUGGAAUAUUUACUGCAGUUUGACCAGAAAGAGAAGAGCACAUUUCUUGGUCAGAGGAAAGACUACUGGGAUUAUUUCUGCGAGUGCCUGAUUAAGAUCAAAGGAGCUAAUGAUGGCAUCCGUUUUGUUAAGUCCAUCCCUGAGCUGAAGACUUCUCUGGGUAAAGGAAGGGCCUUCAUUCGUUACUGUUUGGUUCAUCAGAGACUGGCGGACACGUUGCAGCAGUGUCUCAUCAAUCAGAGGGUCACAAGUGACUGGUAUUACGCCCGGAGUCCCUUCCUCAAGUCCUACCUCACGGCUGACAUUAUCAACCACCUUUAUGAGCUCAACCAAAUCCAAUUUGACGUGGCAGCGAGAGGCUACGACCUCGACGCCGACUGGCCGAGCUUCGCAAGGAGGACAUUAGGGCCAGCUGGUGCUUAUUCCUGGAGACCUCCCAGUCGCUGCUCUAGUGUCAACAGCCUGGUCAGCAGCUUGUCUCAGGCUCAGGAGUUUGGAGCUAUACCGGACUUGGGCCACAGUCUUCUGGGAGACCUGGGUGAAUUGGGGGAAUCCUGUAGUUUAGCAGAGAACCUUCGCCAUGAGCUGGACCAAUCAGAACUCAGGCAACAAGAACUUGUAGCCCAAGUCCAAGACCUCAGCCAGGAGGCAGGCAAACUCAAAAGUGUCAUAAACGACUUGAAAGGACAGUUACAGGUUGCUCAGCAGUCAGUGAGCCAAAAUACUGAAAACCAUUUGCUAAACGUACAAGAAAAAUGCGAGCUUAGAGAUAGACUUUGCGCUGCGGAGAAUAGAAAUAUGGAGCUACUCUCAAAACUAGAUGAAGCUCUAAAGGAGAAAGGGCAGCAGACAGCUAGCUAUUGCAAUUCAGCGUGGAAAAUGCAAGAGUUAUUGGACAAACUCAAAAUAUCUGAACAGGAGAGAAUGGAGGCGAAGAAAGAGGCAGAAGACAAGGCAAAACACUCAGAGCGCUUGUCCCAGGAAUUAAAACUUAAACAAGACGAAUUGAAAAACUGCGAGGAAAAGCUAGCUCAGGUUAAGGCUAAAGCAGACAGCGAACGGGAGUUAGCAUUGAAACGGCUGGAGGAGUUGCAAGGCGCAGUAGGUAGAAUCCAGGGGGCGCUAACGUUGAAGGAGAAAGAAACGGGUAAUUUGAGAGCUCAACUUCAAGAUUUACAAGCGUCAUUGGAGAGUAGAGAAAGGCAGGCGGAGGAACUGAGGAGACGUUUGCGCGAAGAGCAAGAAGAAGUGGAACAAAGGUGUGACGAAGAUUUGGAAUUACAAAUUGUCGAUUUAAAAAUGACACUUAGGACGAGGGAAAAAGAGCUGAGUGCAGGUUCGGAGAGGAUCAAGCAUUUAGAGGAACAAUUAGAAAAGCUAAAUGUUGAUACAGAUAGUCAUUGCGCUACAGAAAUGCCCCCAAGUGAAGAUAAUAUGGGGGACUAUAAGAUCCAGUGUAGCAAUCUGACAGAAAUAAACGCCAAGCUGCUACUAACGGUUAAAAAGAGCGAAGAUAGUCUAAAGGAGUUAUCUGAAUGCAAGGUUAAUUUGUUAGAGCAGCUGGCUAUGUUGAAAGCAUCCGAAAAGCAUUUAAAGGGGCGGCUGGAUGCAGCCAAUAUUAGCGUGGAAGAUAGAGAAAAGAAGUUAUUAGAUGAAAACUUGUAUCUAGAAGAGAUUGUUGAAAAGAUAAUGAUGCAAAAAUAUGAGUUGGAAGAACAAUUAAAACGGGUAGAGGGUGAGAACAGUGAGGUGUUGGAGGCUAAGUCCUUGUUGGCAAAAGAGUUGGCUGUGAUUCGAGAUGAGAGGGAUUUGUUAGCAGCCAGGGAGGCAAUGCUAGCUAGAAAUGUCAGUGUGUCUCAAAGGGGUAAUGAAGAUUUGCUGGGGAAACUACAAGUGACAGAGGAUAAGCUAAAAGAGCAGACUGUGCAAUGCGGUAUACUCCAAGCUAGAGUAGUGGAGUUGGAAGGCAGAGUGGCAGAGCUUCAUAGCGAAAAGGGUGCAGCAGAAAGCAAUGAGAAGAUGCAAAAAGCUAUAAUGGAAGCAAAAGACGCUCCGUUUAGGUUGGUGAUUGCCGAAGCGCAACUGGAAAUGAAUUUAAAAGAAAUGCACAGAUUACAAGAGGAAGUAGUGAUGCUUAGGAGUCAACUUCAAUCUGGUACAGAGGAGAAAAUCAAAGCCCUGGCCUUACAUGAAGUUAGCGAAGCAUCAAGGGAGGAUCUGAGGGUUCUGGCCGAACAGUUGAAAGGUCAAGUGGAAGAGCUGAACCGGAGGCACGUGGACGAGAUCCUGAGGGCGCGGGAGAGAGAGGAGGCGUUGGCGAGGGAGAGAGAUGGAGAGGCACAGGCGCGCGUGGGGCUGGCGACGGAGGUGACCGCAUCCAGAGAAGAGAUGGAGCGACUGAAACGCAGAUAUGACGCUCUGUGUGUGGAGAACAGCGACACAAGAGAGGCGCUGCACCGAGCCAACACAGAGACUGCAGAGCUGGGGGUCCACGUUUGCAUGCUCACUGCUGAAAACGAAGAGGCCCGGCUCCGACUGGACGGUCUGUGCUCACGGCUCGAGGAGAUGGAGGAGGAGGCGCAGGAGCUCAAUGCAACAGUGGAGCAGCUACAACAGGAGAACCAGGAACUACAGAGGAACAGCAGCACAGACGGAUCAGGGACGGAAACCAGAGAGGGGCUGGAGCGGAGACUGAGCCAGGCCAGACAGGAGGCAGAGGCACUACGGGCUGCGAGUGGGGAGCAGAUCCAAGCUUUGAGGUUUCAGAUCACCAGCCAGGAAAUCAACCAUGCAAAUCAAAUACAGGGUGUCGAUCAAGAACUACAGGAAGUGAAAUUACAACUGGACGCUGAGCUCAGGAGAGCAGUCGACCUGGAGAACAGACUCACUGAGCUAGAGGCCCAGAAUCACAGUUACUGCCGACAGAUUGAGGAGAAAAACAUCCAGAUGGCCCAGUCGCAAAAUCUCAUCCAGCAAAAAGAAAAUGAGUUAAUCUAUCUGAAAGGAAAUUUAUCAAGGUCGGAGGAAGCGCGAGAAGCAGCAGAGAAUGCUUGUAAAGAGCUUAGCGAGAAUCUACGCAGACUCACGCAGGACAAAAAGAGUGUGGAUCAGAAGACGGCAGCAGAACUGGACGACCUCUACCGAACCAAAAUCAACUUAGAAGAAAGGCUUAUAGAGCUCAUUAGGGAGAAGGACGCACUGUGGCAGAAGUCAGAUGCCCUGGAGUUUGAGCAGAAACUUCGGGAUGAGGAGACCGAGCGGGACGUCAACCACUGCAUCUCCUGUCUCAGCCCCUUCAGCUUCUGGCUUCGAAAGUACACGUGCAGAUUGUGUGGGCGUCCCUUCUGCUACUACUGCUGCAGCAACUCAGUCAGCACCCAGCAGGGCGGCCCCAAAGAGCGCUGCUGCCUGGACUGUUACAACCAGCACAGCGCGGUGAUAGAGCGUCACCCUCAGGACGAGCCCGUGAACUACAGCAGCACUCCAGCGACGCCUCUCAGCCGACUUCUACAGGCAGGACGAGCUGCCACUAGUCUGGUGACAGGAGCCGAACCUCCAGAGAAACAAGACGAUGGAGUGUUUGACAUCAUCACAGAGGAGGAAGUGAGCGGAGUCUACGACAGUGACUCAUUCUUGACAGCCUGCUCCUCUGCACAAGGCCAGCAGGGGGCAGCACAACUAAACAGCAGUGCCAGUGCAGGAGACUUAACCUCAGAAGACCCAGAGGACUUCAGUGCCACAGUCCAGGACGCAGAGAUCGGCCUACUCAAGUCUGGAGAGCUCACAGUAUGCAUCCCAUUCUCUCUGGAUGACAUCUCUGCCUUCGGGGAUAGUUACCGCGAGCUGUUCAUUAAAUCCAGCUGUUACAGCACCCUGCCCCUCAGUGUGAGCAGCUCAGGCCCCACUGUGUCCUGGACGUUCACCUCUGAACCUAAGAGCAUCUCCUUUAGUGUGGUCUACAAAGAGAGCCCCAAUACGCCACUGGAACAAGCCAAGGUCCUGAUCCCAUUGACCCGCUGCAAUUCACACAAAGAGACGAUCCAGGGAGAGCUGAAAGUGCGCCACCCGGGGGAAUACACCCUCAUCUUUGACAACUCCUUCUCCAGGUUCAUCUCAAAGAAAGUGCUGUACCACCUGAGUGUAGACAAGCCCGUGGUCUAUGACGGGAGUGACCUGCUUUGAACAGAGGGAAAAGAGGACGAGCGAAGACCAGUUCAGGAGCUGUUGGAACUUUAAGACUCCAUCAAGGGGUACUUUUCAAUUUUAAGAUGUAAGUUUUUUUUGUUUUUUUUUAUUUUGCCCAAUCAUGGUACUGAUGGAACUGAUGGCAUUACUGCCAUAAAAGCAUUUUUUUUAAUUAUAGUUUAAUUUAUUUUUUUUUGGUUGUUUUUGUUUUAUUUUUUUCCUAGCUAAGCUAAUCUUUUUUUGUUUGACGUUCUUCAUUUCAUCAGUUAGGUAUUUGCAUAUGUGGCAGAUGUACUUCCUAACUCACCAUUUAUCCAGCAUGACUCAAUCUGAACUUUACAAACAACUACCAGUCUACUGACAAUGUUUCAAUUGUUUGUUUUUCCUGUUUAAAAUUGAAAUAAUUUUAAUUUUGGACCUUGAUGAAUAGGAAAAACUAAUCAUGAUUUUUGGCAUGUUAGUGUAUAGGGUUUUGUUUAAAUGAUUGGGUUAAGCUGCAUGACUGCAUGCAUGUUAUUAUUGAAUUGACAAAGGUACUCCAAGUAACCUCAUUUUCACAUGUUUACACGAAGUUAUUCAUAUUUACUUUUGUAGCAUUUGUAUAGAAUAUAGGACUUAUGAAGAAGUGCAUUGUUUACUGGUGUGAUUACUGUAUAGUUAAGUUAAAGGGGCUGUAUCUGAUUUUUUUAUUUUUCUUCUGAAGAUUUGUCUUGCCCCAGUACAGAUAUAUUGUAAAAGCAGGUCUUGAGGUCAAAAUGAAAGUGUUUUAUCGCCCGUCAACCAGGAAGUAACGCUAGUGCACUGUUAGCAUGCUAGUUACUGUUAGCAUUACCGUGAUGACAAAACUCCACACUGACCUCUGAAAGUUGUGAAUAAUUAGGACACUCGGAAUGCGUUUGAAAAGUAAGGAAUACGUAUGGACCGCUGCAAACUAAAAUGAAUGAACUACUGUUUUUUCAUGUUUUUGAGAAAAAUCCGGUACAGCGCCUUUAACACUUGCUACGGUACAACAGCUACACUAACACGGACCUUAUUUGUGUGAGUAAGCUAUCUUUCUAAUUGUGAAAAUGUGAACAAAAUCAAACUUUAUGCCAACUGAAAUGCAAAGAAAAAAAGUGUCACAAGCUAUGCGUACGCUAUGCAAGAAACAUCAUUAAGAAUUACUAAAUCUGUUUUAUGCUUCUAAACAGUAAUGGAGUAAACCGUUAACGGUAUUAAAAUAUGACGUUGCUCUUGGAUAUUGACAAGCCAUUGUUCCAGUUCUAUAAACCCACAGAGCAGCAUCAGCAGAUACGAGCUAUUCUUAGGAACAUUCACAUAUCACUUUUAUACUUGAACAUGUCCCGUGUGGGCUCAGGCAUUUGUGCUAAAACUAGCUCUUUUAUAUUUACCAGAUUGGUCUUAAACCUAUUUAUGACUUGAAUUUACCUCUGGAUCAGUGUCUUCCAGAUUUUUGUAAUAUUCUCUGGUGAAAUAUACUUACAAUAUUAACCAAACAGGACUACUAAUAUAAAGAUUCAAAUAUAUUAUAUAUUUAUGUACUAAUUGAUAAAAUGCAGCAUUACAUCCUGGCUACAGAUUAUAAAGGGUAUUUAUGUUACAAUUUCCCAUGAUGCUUUGUUUUCUUUUUUUAUUUUUCUGUGUGAAUUUAGAUACUGCGUUUGCCAAAGGGACUGUUUAACUGCUCUGUAAAUAAUUGUUAACUAAACUGACAAACAAUUUACUGAAUAUUUAUAACUGACUCAUUGAUUAAUAAACAGCCUAUGAUGAAAUUG